CGUACUUUCAAAUAAAACUGCGCAACAUUUUGUCAUAAUUUCUGUUGACAGAAAGAGUUGAAAUGAACACCAAGGUCUGUUUUCUUUCGCUAUUCUUAUGCUCAUAUAUCACUAAUAUUAAGGCUUUUGGUUCUUAUACGAGUUCGAGUUCACCUACCACUUCAACUUCAAUUUCACCACCCGGGAAAAACACCACUGAGGCGUCUCCGGAGACAAGUUCAGCACCCGGGAAAAACACCACUGAGGCGUCUCCUGAGACAACUUCACCACCCGGGAAAAACACCACUGAGGCGUCUCCUGAGACAACUUCACCACCCGAGAAAAAUACAAUCGAGGCACCUACUGAGCAAUGUGGCUGUUUGGAUGUAACAAAAUUAGACAACGAUAUAGAACAUAUAUACAACAAACUAGCGGAGAUACUGGAACAAGGAACCAAUGUGAAAGAAAUACCUAACAUAAGUGUGAAAAUUGAAAAGAUCGUAAGUGGAAUAAGAAAUAAAACUUGCCAAUGUUCAGACAGGAUUCAUCUUGGGGAGAUGGCAGAGGAAACCCACUCGAAAAUUGAUGCUGUACUUGCAAUAUUAAAUGUAAGCAGAAAUUGUGAAUGCGAUGAUGGAAACAAAUUGGAAAAACACAAUGCUGAUAUACUUGCUAAGCUUGAUGAACUUGUAACAAUGGCUGAUGCAAUAAAUAGUGGUAUAGAGAACAGCAGAAAGGAUAAUUCAGAUAUAAAAGCUAAACUAGAGUUUAUUGUAGAGGGUGACGCGAGCAAUGACAACUGCAAUAUAUCUCACAUUGAAGAGGACAAUGAUCAAAUCAAGCUUACACUUGACGAGAUUCUUGGAUACCUGUCUACUGAUGAUGUAAAAGAAUGCAACUGUGAAGGACAACUUCGAAUUCUAUAUAAUAGAAUAAGUGAAAAAUUAGAUGAUAUUCUGGUAAAGAUAAACGAGACUGACCGGCAGGACAGAGCUGGCAGAAAUGGAUCAGUGCGGUUGAACCUUGAUGAGAUAAAUUACAAACUAGAUCUGAUUAUUGAACACGAUAUCACUGGAGGAAAAAAAGACAGUGAAUGCGUUAACAUGAAUGAUCUGGAAGGGGUUGUGUCUCAGUAUUGUAAUGAUGGUGGAAGAAAUAGGAAACGAAACAAGGGAAGAAGGAAAGGAAAGGAUCCAGAACAAGAGGACAAGAAAAAAAGAAAGGGAACGGAGGAGAGAAGACAACCCUGGGAAAUACCGAAAAAGGAUGUAGACGAUUUGCUUUUUGCUUAUAAAGGUUGUAUAGAAAAAGCCAUGAAAGACCUUCAUGAAUGGUUUGAGGACAAAAAGUGGGGAAGAAUGCCUCCCGAAGUCCAAAAAAUAAUGAUCACAUUAUACUGCAAAAUUGGCUUUAAAGAACUGAAAACCUUAAGAAAGAUGAAAGCGUUACUUGAGAGAGGAAAUUGGAUAUCUGCAGCUCAAGAACUUGAGAAGUGGUAUAGGGCCAAAAAGCUUUAUCAUGAUGAUGCUGCAAAGAAACUCAUUGAGAAACUUAAGGCUUUCAAAGGGAAGAUGGCGCCAAAAGAAUAGCCAGAUGUCACAGUGACAGACUAUGCAUCUGAUAAUUUUAAUGACAAUCGUUUUAAUGAGUUUAAUAAUAUUUUAGAGCUGGGGCAAUAAAUAUGAACACUG